AUGAGUAACAAUAAUAAAGAAACUAUGACAAAAAAACAACAAGAUGACCUUACUUCAACGUUUAAUAAUCUUCCCUGGGGACUCCCAUUGGGUUUUCCAUCAUUAUCACCAUUUGGCGCAUUUCCAGCAUUUGGUUUAAAUGCACCAAAUUUCCCUGCAAUGAACAGUUUUGGAUCGUCACCAACAGCAAGUCCCUUUCCUCCUUCACUUUUAUCGAAUGAUUCUAAUAAUCAAACAUCAUCAACUGAUCUUUGGUCAAAUGGUUUAUCGGCUGCUAAUAAUUCUAUUGAUUAUAAUGAAUAUGCUAAACAAUUAGGUUUUCUUAUGAAUGCAUUUACUGAGCAGCAGCAGCAACAACAGCAACAACAAGAAACAGAUAAACCAAAAUCUUCACCGACAACAAAACAUUCAAAACAUAAAUCGUCUCAUACCUCUUCACCUGAUGUUAUUAAUGGUAAAAAACAUGAUGAUUCACGUCGUUCAUCAUCGUCAACUAAAUCCUCAUCACGUUCGAAAUCCUCAUCAUUAAAUCCUACGUCAAAUCUAUCAUCUUCGACUAAAACAUCUACAACAAACGAUCCAAAUAUGCUUGAUCCAAUGGCAUUUGCUGCGGCCGCUGCAGCAGCAGCAAGUGGCGGUUUAACAUUUCCUUAUUUUCUUCCAUCAUUACUUUCGCAAACACCUUCAACAACAACUACAAAUAAUAAUCCUUCGCCCUAUCCAUUUUCUAGUUUAACAAAUCCUACUGCUGGACUUUAUCCAUUUUUAUCACCUGAUUGGUUUACAUCGGCCUCAGCAUCAUCUAUGGGAAAUAUAACUCCUGAUUUGAACAAAUCUAAAAAACGUUCGAAAUCGAUUCGAACAUUAACUGAAGAACAAGAUAAAAAUUCUUCGAGUCUUCUUCAUUUAGCAUUGACUGAUCCAACAAAUACAAAUGGUUCGCGUAUGAGUCGUCGAAAUAGCACAAAUGAAACACACGUUGAUGAUUCAAGAUCCAAUGAUGAUGACGAUUCAGAUCCAAAUCCAAAACGUAAAAAACCUGAUGAAGUUAAUGAAACGCUUGUACGAAUACCAUUAAGUCGCGGAUGGAAACGAGUAACAAUUAUUCGAGCAAUAACUCGCACUGGUGUACGCGGUGAUGUUUCAUAUUAUGCACCGUGUGGAAGAAAACUACGUUCGUUUCAAGAAAUUGAUCGAUAUCUAUCGAAAAAGAAUAUCAAUGAUUUAGAUCGAUCACAUUUUACAUUUAGUUCAAAAGUUCAUAUUGGAUAUUUUCAUGAACCAAAAGAAGGUCCCGAUGGAAAAACUUUAUUUCAUGAAUCAACUGAAGAUGAAAUUGUUAAUCGUAUAUUGGAAAUAAAUCCUAAAUUUCGUCGUAUUGAAACAAGUUCAAGUCCUGGUUCAACACCGAGCAAUGGUAACCAUGAUCAUCAUGAUGAUCAUCGAAAGCUUCGGUUAGAACAAGAAGAAAUAUCUAAACGAGCAGCUGAAAUAAAAACGAAACGUGAAACUAUGCGUUUAACACAUAACGAAAAUUCGGAAGCACAAUAUCAACACAAUGAUUUUAUCAAAGCUAUUAUGGAACAACAAAAAUUAGUUCACCAACAAGAACAUGAACAUAAACAAAAAUUACUACAAGAACAACAAGAACAAGAACGUAAACGUCAAGAACUUGCCUAUUUAAAACAACUUGAAUUAAAGAAACGUCAUGAAGAAAAACUUCAAUUACUCGAACAACGUAAAGCAGAAAAGAAUGCUGAACGUGAAAAAAAGAUUCAAGAAAAAUAUAUGGAAAUAGUUCUUGCAAAAGAAAUGAAACGAAUUACUGAAGACAUGCAAUUAAAAGAUCUCAAACCACUUCCAACACUAAAACCAGUUGAAAAUAUGCGUUUAUCAAUUGAAGCAUUUGCCAAUUGUUUAAUGAUUAUUGAAUUUCUCAAUAAUUUUAAACAUAUUCUAAAUAUUCCCGAUAAUUUAAUUCCAACAUUAAAUACUUUACAACAAUCUUUAUUGAAUACUUCAUCAUCAAGAGAUUUGAAUUCUCUUUGUCAAUUAUUACUUCGUAUUGCAUUAGAGGAUCCUGGCAUUCCAAAUCCUAAAAAAGCUUUAACUAAUCUUGGACAAAAAUUAUCUGAAAUCGAUAUAACUGAACAUACAUUUAGUGAAAUUUUACGUAUUUAUAUCCGAGAACGAAAUGGUUUUGAUGAUAAAUUAAGUCAAAUUUUAUCAGAUGUAUCAUUUCAAGUAUUGAUACCGGAUGAGAAAGCCGAAGUAUUAGCUUUUCUAUGCAAUGAUUUAUCGACCAAUAAACGUGUCGUUGAUGAAAUUGAUCGUAAUCUUGAAGAAUUAAUCGGUUUAAAACAUGAAAAACUAGAAAUUGAAAAACGCUUACGUCGGUUAAAAUUUGAAAAAUAUAAUAAUGCAAAUAGUAAUUCAAAUGUUAAAAAAAUGGCAACAUUAUUAAGAGAAAAAGAUUUGAACAGUUCAGAUAAUGAAAGCCCAGAUGAUAGCGAUGGUGAAUCUAUGAAAAAUGAUGAAGAUACCUCAAUAGCAAAUGAUCCAGCAACGAUAACAGCGGAUGAUCAAGAUAUUGAGACGCUUGACGAAACAAAAAUUGACGAUAUCGAUAAACGUUUAGCACUUGUUACACGAAAAUAUACUCUUAGUAAACGUCGUGUUAUUGAUAAACAAUGUCGUGUACGUGCGCUUCAUCUUGGACAAGAUCGUUAUCGUCGUCGUUAUUGGUAUUUUUCACAUUUACCAGGCAUUUAUGUUGAAGGUUUAACAUCAGGUGAUAUAUCAUCAGAUGAUAUACAAAAUAUUAUUGACAAUGUCACUAAACAAAAACUUGAUAUUAAAUCAACGGCUAACAAUGAAUGUAAUUCAUCGGCAUCACGUUCAACACAACGUAAAAAACAACAAGCGAGAGUAGCCAAUGUAACAUCACCACCACCGGCAACCCCAUCAUCAACAGGAAAUUCGACAAGUGAACAAAUCAGCAUUAUUGAACCAGCUAAAAUCAAAAGUGAAAAUAGUGAUAACGAAGAUGAACAAGCACAAACAAAUACAACAAAUAAUCUUACAGAAGAUCUUGCAACUAUGGAUCUAUCGGCCUUUUGUAUGGCAGCUCAAAGAGAUAAUGAUGAACAGCACUCUGAUUCAGUUAAAGAAGAAAAGCCUUUUACGAAUGGAACUUCGAAAGAUGUCGAAAUCAAACAUGAACCAGGUGAUGAAGUCAAUUGUAAAUGCGAAGCUGAUGAAGUAACCGAUGAUAAUCUUCCGCUUGAUCUUUCAUGUUCAAAAUCGAAACGCCCAUGUCAAGAUGAUUAUUGGGCAUCACAACAUACACAAGCUGCAUAUCCAUUGACAUCUAAUCUUGAUCAAUUUCAAGAAUUGAAUGAUCUUGCAACUACUGCUAUGCUAAUAAAUAGUAUAAAACAAGAACAAGCUAAUUCAAAUGCAUCUAAAAAUAUUCAUGGUUUAACCAAUGUUAAUUUUCAAAAUAUGAUGUCAAAUCAGUUUAUGUCUUCAUUUAAUUUAUCAACGUCAAUCAAACAAGAUCCAUCAAUGGCUAAUUUUAGACAAAUUGAACAAUCGAUUAGAGAGAAAUUUCAAUAUUCACAACCAUUGCCCAUUCCUGAUGAUGUUCAAUCUGGUUGGUGGUUAAUUCAAACAUCUGAAGAAUUACGUUCGCUUGUUAAAUCUUUAGCUAAACGUGGUCAACGUGAACGAUAUUUAUGUCGAAUGCUUCAACGUUAUUUUGAAGUUGUAACACAUUCAAUGGCCGAUAUGAAAACUGAUAAUACUGUAUCAUCGAACGAAACGGAAACUGAAAAUGAGAAUGAUGAACAAUCACAACUACAACAAUCAUUAAACGAUUUGAUUGAAAAUGAUAAUCAAACUUAUGAUGAUACACAUGAAAUGGAUGUAUUGAAUGAAAUCUAUAAUUUAUCUGAUCGUAUUAUAGCAUCAAGUCUACAAUGUCGUUCGUAUGAUGUUACUUUAAUUCGUAAGCGUUUAACAUAUUCAGAUAUACAAGCUAAAGGUUCCGAUGUCCUUGAUGAAGCUAAACAUUUAUUAACUGAUAUUGAACGUAAUGUUGAACGGCGAUAUUUGAAACAUCCGUUCGUUCGUAAAUAUGAACUUAAUUUAUCAUCAUUAAAUCGUAUUAAUCAAAAUAGUACCUAUCAUCAUACAUUGGAAAAUUCAUCCAAUGAAAUGGUAUCAUCAUCGAAAUUCGAUGAAGUACCACAACAACUUGAACGUUGGAGACGAACUGUUAAUGAAUCACGUACACCGGCACAAUUAGCUUUGUGUUUAACACAAUUAGAACGUUGUAUUGCAUGGGAAAGAUCUAUUAUGAGAGUUUAUUGUGAAAUAUGUAAUUCCGAUAUCGAUGAAGAAAAAUUAUUAUUAUGUGAUGGAUGUGAUCGUGGUACACAUACAUAUUGUUUUAUACCACCUAUGUCAUUUAUACCACCAAAUGAUUGGUAUUGCUAUGUUUGUAUUGGUAAAGCAAAAGGUGAAAAUUUGUGUUUCGUUUGUGGUAAUAAAGGUGAUAAUCAAUUGAAUAAAUGUGAACAUUGCGGAAAAUUAUUUCAUGACGAAUGCCUGAAAAAUGCAAAACAACAACGUGGAAAAUGGCUAUGUGUCUUGUGUGCGGCCAAUGAUAGUAGUACUUUAAUAGCAACAUUAACUAGCGGAAAUAGUAAUACGAAAUGGCAAAUGGGCCGUCAAACAUCUCGAUCUACAAAUACAUCAGCGAAUGCAACCAAUAAUUCAACAUCAAAAUCUCGGCAACCAUCAAUUAGUUCCACUAGUUCCGUCACUAAUACAAAUGGCGAAGCAAAUAAUAAUUCUACUCCAUCUAAUCGUAAUCGUCCGACUAAUAAUCGCAAAUCGAAACCUCGUAAUAGCUUAAACAAUACGGAAAUUUCAAUUUUACAAGAAUCUCAUUCGAAUUCAUCUCAUACCGAUGCAAUUACAAUAAGUAGUCUUAAUGAAUCAUCCUCAAUUCAAUCGCCAUCGAAUGUUGCUGAUAUAGAUGAUGAUAUUCCAUCGCCUCUUGUUGGUGGUACAACGAAUUCGACAAAUAAUACAAAGAAAAAAACGUCUCGUAAAUCAAAAUCAAAUACAGAUACUGAAGAUGUAAAAGCUUGCAGAAUUAUUUUGAAUGAACUAUUAAAAAAUGAUGCCGCAUGGCCAUUUCAAACACCCGUUGAUGCUAAACAACAUCCGGAAUAUUAUGAAUGUAUAAAAAGUCCAAUGGAUUUGGCUACAAUGAAGAAGAAGAUGCGUAAUCAUCAAUAUACAAAACGUGAUGAAUUUUUUAAUGAUGUACAAUUAAUAUUAAAUAAUUGUGAAUACUAUAAUGAAGAUGAUAGUCCAGUUGGUGAAGCUGGUCAUGUUUUACGAACAUUUUUUGAAACACAAUGGGCUAAACAAUUUGGUUAA